GUGUGAGCUAACAAGAUCACUCGAAAAGAACGACUGUGCUAACCGCAUCUCGCCGGUAACUGUCGAGUAAAGUCACUUCUUUCGAAUAUAUACUUUAUUUUUUUUUCUUUUUUUUCACCCCCAUUUUUCACGAGCCUGCAUUUUGUUUGUCAUGGAUUCACAAACGAUCACGAUACUGUUCGUUGGCGAUGAGAGAUGCGGAAAGUCAACCUUGUUAUCGCGAAUCAGCAGAGGCCGUCACAACCUGAAAGGCAGAGAUUCCAUUACCCUUCUCAGGGACCUCGACCAGCCUUUCAUCUUUGAUAUUCGCGCUCGCCGCGGGGACUAUCGGCUCGAAUUCUACGACACUUCCAGUCCAGAAAGCUGGAGACUUCUUCGGCCCGACCUAGUCAUCCUCUGCUAUGAUAUCAGCCAGAGGCUCAGUUUGAUCAACCUCCAAAGAGUGUGGAACAAAGAGGUCCGGACAGCGGGCGUAACCGGCGACAACACCCCGGUGCUUAUGCUGGGCCUCAAGCGGGAUCUGCGAUCUGAGAAUGAUCCCAACGGUACCAUCUACCCGCAGGAGGCGUAUCGCAUGGCGCAAGAGAUGAGGUUAGACAAGUACAUGGAAUGCUCUGCGGUGACUGGCGAGCUGCUGGAAGAGGUGUUCGACGAUAUAUGUACAACGGCGCUGAAAACGACAACUUCCGAGGGCGGGCAAAGCGAAGGAGGAUGCACAAUCAUGUGAGUUGUCCAAAGCUGUCGUCAUGUCCACGUCUUCAAGAGUUUUCAAUGGAGGGUGCUGCGUCCUCGUCGUUCUCUUCUCCCUCCGCAGCCUCUGUGGGUUCGUCAAAGCCGAGAGUCUCGG